GACGUUUCGAAGGAGAUGAUAGAUGUGGCCAGGGAAAAAUAUCAAUGUCCAAAUGUGGUUUACGAAGUUGCAGAUGUAGUGAAUUUUGUUGAAACAUUUCCAAAUUGGAAAGGUGCAUUUGACAAGGUUGUUUCUGUCUUCGCAUUGCAUUGGGUGAAGGAUUGCAGAAGAGCAUUUCAGAACAUUUACGACUGCCUCAGACCUGGCGGGGAGUGCUUCCUUCUAUACGUCGGUCCAAUGAAUCAAAUACUGGGUCACAGUGAGGAUGAACUUCCGUAUUACUUGAAGAAUAUUAGUAAAUGGAAAGAACAUCUUAAAGAUUACGACAACAAAGUAUAUUGUCCUAUAAGUAUUGAAGAUAGCAUAAGGUUUCUGGAAUCAGUUGGCUUUGAGGUAAUAACAGCAAACUUACACAAACCAUGUGAUGAACUUGAUCUUCACAAAGACCAAAUAAAAGAUUAUCUCCGCACACUUCUUGGUCAUCUGAAUUAUCUACCCGAGCAAUACCAAGAAUUUCUACAAGAUGCUACUGAUUGGUGCAACCAAAACUUUCCUGUCAAUCAACGAGGAAACCAAUAUAUGCGACUUGAAGUAAUGAUGCUCCAAGCCAAAAAAAACUAAAUUACUGAAGAUCAGAUAAAUAGCCUGAGAGCCGCACAUUUCAGUUAUCACAACGGAGGUCUCUGUAUAGGACCAUACUGUACCUAUAUGAAUUUAAAUUAAGCUUAGACUUACGAGACUAAAUUACUAUGGCGCCAUUCAUUCUGAAUUUGUUGGCCUGCAGAAUUUUAGAAACUAUUUUUGAUUAAUAUAUUUUCAAUAUAUAUGUGAAAUAUCCCUAAUACCGAAAUCAAUACAUACUAUUCACAACCACUGGUUCACCAAAAUAUGAAUGACUGGGUGUAUAAUCUAAUUCAUAUAUUUUACAGUAGACCCUUAAGUUGGUUGGUAAUAAAUUUGAGGAAACAAAUAGUAACUGCAAACUUGGCAACAAUAGCAUCAGACAGAAAAAAGAUGGAAAAUGUUAGAGGAGGGCUUCACACAGCAGUGGGUGAAAAAGCCUGAUGAUGACGAUCAUCAUCAUGAUGGAAUAGUAGUUACAGCAGUUACAGUGGUAAAUUAUCGUAAAUCAACAAACAACCUCCCCUUGAUAACAAUGAUUUCAAAGAUAUAUUGACAGUGUUAAAGUAAAUAUAAGAUUAGAUUUAACAGCCAAACUGUUUUAACAUUAGUAAAUUACUGCAAACAUUUUAUUUUGUUACUAAACCAAGAUGGACCUUUCCGCUAAUCCCCGCCCCUUGGAUACGGUUGCUAAGAUUCCGCAAAACGACAGCAUAAAUUAGUUAAGCCCUGACAAUUGGAUAUGAUGGCUAUGAUCCCGCAUAACAUACGUGCUUCUUGUAAGUACGUGUUAUUAGCCCUGUUCUGAUUGGUUCAUAAGCAGGGCUUAUUUAAACCAUGGAGGAAAAACCUAUGUUUAAACCUGUAAAUAGGCUGAGAAUGAGACUAUUCAAUGCCCAUCUCAUAUGGUAAAUCUAUAAAAUAUAUAGAAACAUGAAUUUGAGUUCUUAUGUUUAAUAAACAAGGUCAUAAAAUGUCUUAUACAUUUCAAGAAAAUAUUUGAAAAUAGCACAGGUAGGUAAUUUAGAUGAUCAACAAGUGCCUGUUAAAAAAGAAAUCAUAUUCUACUACCUAUUGACUUAUAAAUCAAUUUAUAAAUCAAUCAAUUUUUAUUAAAAUUAUUUUGUACAGUUGAGGGUGGAUAGUGCCAUAAUGACCAUUGACCUAGUAUUCUAGUGUCUUGCAGUGUCGGAAAUCAGUGACAUCAAGAGGCAAUAAUUUUCUCUAUAACAACAUAUCAUACUUGAUAUACAAAUCAAUAAUUUUUAGUUAAAAUAUAUAUUUUUUUUCAAUAGUAGUAGUGACUAUUACAUACCUAGUCAAUCUUUCCCAGUCAUCGAGCAGAUUUCCUGAAAAAUGGAAAUGUCCUAAAGUUUUCCCUAUAUUUAAAAGUGGUGAUAGAACCAAGGCCAGUAAUUACAGGCCCAUAUCAAAUUUACCAAUUCUUUCUAAGAUAAUUGAA